AUGUCUUCGCAUUACGCUGUGCUUGGCGUCUCGCCCUCGGCGUCGCCCGAAGACAUCCGCGCCGCCUACCGCAGCCUUCUUCUCACGUCGCACCCCGACAAAACCGGCGGCGCCGUGGCCCGCAUCUCAGUUCUGCGCCUUAAAGAAGCCUACGAGGCGCUUAGCGACCCCCAGUGUCGUGCGCAGUAUGACAAGAAGUUGGGCUCGCAUCUGCGCCCGUUUUUGGGCUCGGGGCUCGAUCUGUAUACGCUCGAAACGUUUGUGGAGACCGAUGGCAUUUGGGCGCGCGAUUGCCCGCGGUGCUCUGCUCAGGCGGCGAUUGCCCUUACCGAGGCGGACUUGGAGGCAGGAACGCCCGACGGCGCAGGCGGGCUUCAGCUUGCGGCGCCCUGUCUGAGCUGCUCGCUCUGGAUCACAGUGCAGUACGAAGAGGUGGAAGAACUGGAGUGA